AUGGAACUUGCGCGAGGGAUUGCAGGAGUGCAUGAUGUGUGUAUGAUGAUCCCGGAGAAUUCGGUCCACAAGGAGCCUGACCAUCCGCUGACAGUUUCCACAGCAAUGGAUCUGAUGGCAGACCAGAAAACCAGAACAGAGGAAGAARGUGGAAAAGAAAUGGAAAGGAAAGGUGGAAAUAAAUGCUCUUUGGUAAGAGAUGGGGAGGUUCUUAGCGAGGCCCCAGUCAGUGUCCGGAAGCUGAGCGUCAUUCCAGAGAACGAGACAGAUCCAGGGAAGUCUGACCCAGACCAGGCCUCCCAUGAUCCUCAGCGGCCCAGGGAAAAGGACAGCUCCACUUCUCUUUUCACUGUGAACAAGUACAGCAGGAAGUCCUCCUCAUCAGACUCUCUCUCCACCUCCUCUCAUCAGACUGACACAGGAGCUGACUGUGCAGGGAUUGUCCUGAGCUGCCUCUUCUGUAGGUUCUACGAUCUGUUCCUCAUGUUGCCAAACUCCUGUGAGGAAGCCACCUAUUGCUGCUGCCCUUCCUACAGACAGUACUCCUCCUCAGUGGAGGCCAUAACUAGCAAUGACUGCAACUGUAACUUUGACUUUGACUGUGGCCUGUUUGACACCUGUCAAGAGACAGAUGUGAGGACCAACAGUGUAAUCCUGCUGUACAAACAAGAAGAAAGUCACAGCCCAGUUGUCUGA